AUGUGUUUUAUUAGAGGCCGGCCAAGGCAUCCACAAAGCCAAGGUUUGGCAGAAAGAGGUAAUGGUGUGCUUUGUGAUUCUUUAGAUUCAGAUUAUUGGCGAAUUAUUAAAGAUCAAAAUAUUGAAGUUGAAGAAAUGUUGUCAGUGCUGGUCGAAGCACAACAAAAAUCAGGUGAAUCAACCAAUGACUAUGCACUUCUUGAUGAAGCAAAUUCUGUUUUAGGUAAUGAAGGAGACGAUGAAUCCCGAUACGACGACGUCUGCCCUCCGAUUUUUCCGCGUAACUUACUCGAACGCGGAUCUCGUUGUUAUUCGAAAAAAUGUUCAUGACCUCCCGUAAUUCCUUUUCCACUUCUUCUUUAGUCUCAUUCAGUAAUAUCUCUACUGGAAAACGAAAAUGUUCGCAAUAAUGGUCAGACAAUCGUGAAGAUUAAUGGCAGGGCUUGACAGAAUUCUGUUCGCGAGAGUUACGUUAUAGCCGAAUGUUCUUUUUUGCGUAUAUAUAGUAGAUACGUUGGGCAAUAACGUCGUCUGAAAAGGUGACAGAACGCAAAAGUGACUAUGUGAAUAAGUGAUCAUUUUAUUCACUCAUCUUAUUUGUAACAUCCCUAAUGUGUAUAUCGCUGCCAACUCAGCUCUUUUUUUAAUCGAUCAGUUUCAUUCAGUUUGUUUUAUAGUGACGUAAGUGCAAAAAGAAUCCAUGCUAGAAGUGAGAAAGUUCUCGUUAGUUAAGAAAUGAUGGCCGGUCAUCAAUUGUUUAUAGCACACCAAGCAUCUAUCAGAAAUAAGAAAAAACAAAUCUAUUAAAUACAGUUUGAAACUCGACCGGAUAAUGGACAAUUUCAGCUAACAGCAACUUACAAACAGUCGAUACAAACAUUUGAUAUAAAGAAAAAGAAUUAAUAAAUACGGUGGAACGUCAGCAUAUAUAGCGCACAAGCGGCAAGAAUUUAGAGAACUAUGUUACUGUUCUUUGAAUGAUAAAAUGUCGCCGCACCCAUGAUGGCAAUCAACAUUAACUCGUGUAUAUACACGACUUAAAAGAAAAUCUAAAAAGAACGAGAAUAAUUCAGCAUAAUCUUCCCUAGAAAGAACGGGGGACGAUAAGAACCGAAAUCGGGCUCUUCUCAAAUUUGUCUUAUGUCAACUUAUCAGAUGCAGUUUUUGUCUGCGAUUAUGCUCAUGUGUGCAUGUUCUUGAAAGACCUAUUUACAGCUCAUCUUCAAGUCCCUGAAAUUCUCUAUGGAAUGAUAUAUACAGUAGAGUGGUUAGCGAGAAAAUCAAUGAAUAUUAUAGAC